CCUCCUAGUAGACUUCCGCCCUGCUCGAGCUUUUGUCUGUUGUUGGUUUUCUGGCUUGGCAGCAGCGGAGUCGCUCGCGCGUGCGCGCGCUACAGGCGUAUCAGGGGAAACAACGGCUGUUUUAAAAGCGCUUUGCUGAAGGUGGAGGAGGGUAUGUAUGAGGUGGAGGCGGGACAGGAUGUGAGGUCAUGAUCAACCUUUUCUGACUCUCCGUCCUGCGCUAGGGUGUGAUUGAGGAGCUCCGCCUCUCUCCACCCAGCAGCCAAUCAGGAUGCUGGAGGUGAAGCAUAUGAGUGCGGAGAAGAAGGAGACGGCUGUGGGAACAGAUGAGGGCCGUAGUGUGUGUGUGAGCAAUGCAGACCCUGUGUACGUGUACGAGACUCAGGACUGGAUGGUUUCUCCGGCCUGCUCUCCAGAUGAACACAACUCCAUCUCUCCACUGCUGGCUGAGGAGACGUUUCGCUACAUGACUUUUCUCACCCUGGAGCCCUCUUCCUCCUCCUCCCUCUCCCGCUCUCACACUUUCUCCAAAGUUCUCACCUCCGACCGCGUGGAGCAGAUGACAAAGACCUACAAUGACAUCGAGGUGGUCACACACCUGCUGGCCGAGCGGGACCGGGAUCUGGAGCUGGCUGCUCGGAUCGGUCAGUCUCUGCUGCAGAGGAACCAUGUCCUUCAGGAGCGCAACGAAUCACUGGAGGAGCAGCUCGCACAGACGCUGGAUCAGGUCCAUCAGUUGCAGCAUGAGUUGAUGAAGAAGGACGAGCUUUUGCGAAUGGUGUCGAGUGUGAGUGAAGAGAGUGAGACGGACUCCAGCUCGUCUCCGUCGCUUCACCACGCACCCUCUAAUCACACACUCGCACACACACUCACCCUCAGCCAGCUGGAGGUGCUGCAGAGCAAACUGCAGGAGCUAGAGGAGGAGAACCACAAACUACAGGUGGAGGCGGGCCAGCUGAAGAAGGAGACCAUCACGUACGAGGAGAAAGAGCAGCAGCUGGUCAGCGAUUGUGUUAAAGAGCUCCGCGAGUCGAACACUCAGAUGGUGAAUCUGACUGAAGAACUUUCUCAGAAGAACGAGGAUCUUAUGAAACAGCAGGAGGAGAUCUCCCAGCUCCUGUCACAGAUCGUGGAGCUCCAACAGCGCCUCAAACAGUUAGCACUGGAGAAAGAGGAGCUGAGGAUUCAUCUACAAGCCUCAAAGGACUCCCAGCGACAGCUAACUGCUGAGCUGAACGAGCUGGCUGACAGGAAUGCGGAGUGUGUAGGGAUGCUGCACGAAUCUCAGGAAGAGCUUAAGGAGCUGCGCGGUAAGAUCAGUCCGUCUGCAGGCCUGCGCAGGCAUCUCUCACACAGCCUCUACCCCAUGGAGUGUCUGGCGGCCGAGAUUGAAGGCACUAUGAGGAGGGAGUUGAGCGUAGAGGAGGAGAUCACAUUUCAGGACCAGAGGUCGAGCCAAAAGCGUGUGUUUCAGACAGUGAGGUCAGCGAAUGAGUCAAUAAUGCGAGCAGCAGCAGGGACGCCUCCUAUUCCCGGGUCGGGGCACUGCAGUGUGGUGAUGACAUCACAGCCGUUUCAUUCCAACACACACCCCACGCCUGACGGAGACCCACAGCGUCGCACGGACAACAGUGUGUGCGUGGGCCGGCCCGGCUCUCCUGGAGGAAGUGACCUCGUCUCUGCGCUGCGUCGCCUCACUCUGAGGAGGCAGAACUUCCUGUGUGAGCGUCAGUACUUUCAGGCCGAGAGGACCAGGAAGCUGCAGGAGUUCUCCGACGGGGCGGAGUCAGAGGGUGGUGCGAGUGGCUGCAGCUCUCCAAUGGGAAGCGUCCGCUCGUCUUUCACCAACCUUUCAGAGUUCUCCAUGUCCUCCGGCUGCUUUAAGACGUUUUUGCCCGAGAAGCUGCAGAUCGUAAAGCCCAUGGAAGGCUCUCUGACACUGCACCACUGGCAGCAGCUGGCAAAGCCACACUUGGCCUCCAUCCUCGAUCUGCACCCGGGUGUGGUCACUAAGGGCUUUAGGCCCCUCCCACAGGAUUCUGUGUAUCAUCUGAACGACCUGGAGGAGGACGAGGAGAACGACAGAGUGCCGUGGGUGGACAACACAAAGCGACGAGAUGAGAGGAAGACGGGAGGGGAGGGUGACGACGAAGGGAUCACGUUCAAUGUGCACUCGUCCUCCACUCCGGAGGGAAGGAAAGAGAGGAGUGUUUUCACGCCACUUAAAGCCCCGCCUCUUUCGCCAUCUGUAAGAGCGUCUCCUGUCUCAUUGGCUGCAGCUGUGACAUUUGACACCUUAGUAAAUUCAGCGUCAGGGUCGACGGCACUUCCUGUGUCCCAGCCAAGCCUGAGUGUUACUACAACAGCGCCCUCUAUGGCAGUGAAUCCUGGUAAGUGUCAGAGCUCCACUUUCUCCACCUACACCUUCACCACCUGCCGCAUCCUGCACCCCAGUGAUGUCACACAGGUCACACCCAGCUGUGUGUCCACCCCGAGUUCUCUCCGCUCCGUUCCCUCCACCCCGGUCACUCCGUGCAGGUUGAGUCUGGGUGACUCGUUUCCUCCUCGUCGCACUACAGCGCCCCCUGCUGGUCUGGCUAAGCUCCUGUUGGAGAAAGGCAUCUCUGCCCAGAGAGUUCCUGCUCCUCCCUCUAAACCGCCUCAGCUCCUGCACCUGCCCCCCAGUACCCCUCCCAACUCCCCCUGCCCCUCCCCUGUACCCUUCGAGUCAACCUCCACACUCUCUGACAACUUCCUGGCAUCACGGCCGGCUGAGCUCUUCCUGCAGGACGUAUACGGCGUGAAACCCGACCUCGUCGAGCGUCUGCGCAAGCUCGGAUUGGACAAAAAAGUCAUCCGGACAGACUCGGACACGGCUCAGCAAUCAUCCACUCUGUUACCGACAGGGGGGGGAAGCUUAUUGGUGGGAUUGAGGCGGAACCAAAGCCUGCCUGCUAUGGUUGGUCAACGCAGCCCGUCCUACCCUGUUCCGCCCCCUCACCCCACCUCCCUCGCCCUGCCUACUCCUUCCUGGGGUAACUUGAAACCACGCCCUACUCGUAGACACACCUCCCUUUCACAAGCUCCUUUUCCUAAUGAGCAUUAAAGAGCUGUUUGAGGUUGUUUGGCCAAAAAAGGGAUUGGUGAUUGGAUGAAAAUGUAUUUUGUGGGCGUGGCCAGGGGUAUGGAUUAAUCACUGACCUUUCUUGAGCUUUGCUCGGCUUCCUGUAAACUAACAGUAGACUAAAAGGCAUGAAGAGACGGUCGCUCUUCAGUUGUGGCUUAUUUCAUAAAGCACAAUCGUGUAAAUAGAUUUUUGGCAUAUUUAUAGGCCUAGUUAUACGCAGCAACAGGAAAUAUCACAUGUCCUGAUUUGACCUGGGGCAACAAGGGUGGAGCUUGAAUAUAAUAUAGCUUGAAAAUACUGGUUUCAUCACAUAAUAUAGCAGAAUAUAUAAUGUUAGCUAGCAUACUAGCAAACUUGGUUCAGAUGCGAUUAUAAUGUUCAGCUCAAUGAUAUCUUGGUAAAUAGCUUACCUAGCUAUAGCUAGCUUGCUAGCAAACAUGACUAGCGAUGUAUGAUUAUAUUGCUACUGUUGGUGAGGUAGUUAAAGGGAUAGCCGGCUAACGUUACAACAGUUCCGUGUCAAGCUAGCUGCCUAGAUUAGCAAAUUAGACUGAAUUGUAUAAAUGAAACGCAGUAUUUUAUGCUAAGCCCCACCCUCGUCGACUCGGGAACGAGGACGUGCAGGAACGAUCGAUCAGAAUGUUGCGUUAACUUUUUAUUUAUCCCGUCAAAUAAGACUGUUUUGCUUUCACCAUUCACUCUCCCCACAUCGAAGCGUCUCGGAGUUUAACCUCAGUCGUAGCCACGCUGUCCGUUUAUCCCCGAGGCUCUGCGGAUCGAGAAAGGUGAGAGGACGUCGAGCAGGGAUACCGCACGUAGGGUGAAGUGAUCAAGGGAAUAAGGAAAGUGUGUUACGGAAUGAAAAUUAGCGCUUCGUAUGCGCGUGGGGUUUUUUUAAAGUGUAGAGCGUUUGUGGUAAGUCGAAAAGGACGCAGGAUACAGAUGGAUCAUGAAGGUGAAUUGAAGGUGAUUUAAAAAGUAGAAGUGAAAUAGGAAUAAUAAAUGAAACGAUGAGCUUGCAGAGCCUCGGGGGAAACACGGUGCGUCAACACUAAGUAGUACUUUAAUUCAGUGCCGGCUAGGUUCCGUACCGCUCAUGUUACUGUGUCUACAACUCCUCACCCAGCAUGCAUCUCUGCCUGGUGUGCUAAUCUUAGUUUUAACCCCGAAAGCACAUUUUACAGCGGGAUUUCACGAUCGACAGUCUAUCAGGGAUUUAAAUGCGCAUUAGGUUGGUUUGACAUUUGAAUGAUGUCUGCUAAUGCUCACGAAGCUCCGCCCCUAGGAUCUGUGGUGGCCUUGUAGAGUGUCUAUAAAAGAAAAACGACUGACCGGAAGCAUAUCCAAACACAAACAUGUUUUUCCUCUGUGACUUUUGCUAAGGCCACAGCUUAAUCCAUUGUUGUUGUUGUUGUUGUUGUUUUUAGCAUGAUCUACAUAUCAUAAUAAUUAAAAAAAGGAAUAAUUAAAAAAAAAAACGCACCAUUUAAAGCCUUAUGAAGAAACGGUGUUAUUAGGGACUUUAUGUUCAGGGAGCAAGAGAAGGGAUGGGAACACCCUCGUCUUACAUGUUUCAUUUGUACUGUGUUUAUUCUAAAGGGAAUGGGCACGAGUUCGCCUCACAUUUUCACACACAUGGUGACGCAGUAGUUCAAUCUCGAGCUUGGGUUACUCUGUGUGUGUGUGUGUGUGUGUGUGUGUGUGCAUGGUGCCUUAUGAAUGACUAGCGUCCCAUCCAGGUCGUAAUCCUGCCUUGGAUCUGCUCCGGAUGCACCACAACCCUGACCAGGUCAUUAACGCUCUUCAUUAGUUCUACUCCGGUACAGCGUGUUGUGAUUGGCUAAGAGCAGUAACGCAUAACACACAGAUCAAUAACUUCAAUAUCGGUACCAACCACUGCGAAUGGUAUUUUCUCAUGACGCUCAGUUUUCCACAUCCCCCUCCCCCCCAUUCAAAGCACUUUUUUUAUUUUUAUUUUAACCCACUAACAUAAUGGUAUUUAUUAUUAAAUGACAGAGUAGUAUGUACAAGCAAGAGAACAUAACCAUAAGCUAGUGGCAUGAAGUAAUUUUAUUAAGCACUUUCAUUUAGAAGAGGUAUUUCAUUAAUAUAUGUUGCUUAUGAGUGUGUUAUUUUGGUAAGUUUAAGAAGGGAUUCGACUUUUUAAAACCUUUUUGUCCUGGUCCAAACCAAAAUGAACAUGAUUUGACCAGCGUUUUUGCUGGUUGGGCUUUAUUACUGCUUUUGUUGUUGUUGUUGUUGUUGUUGUUGUUGUUAUUGUUAUUAUUACUGUUAUUAUUCUUUUUUUGUAAACUAAACUUGUAUGUAUGGUUGUAGUUGCAAAGUCUUGCGUUUUAUUAUAGUGCCAUUUUUAAUAGCCAUUGGAUAAUGCACUGAAAUGGGGCGUGGCUUGUAACGUCACCGAGACGUCUGCUUUAGAUAGUUAUGAAAACAUUUAAUAUAGUUGAUAUAACUUGCUGAAGGAAUUCAUUGCCACGUGAUGUAUUGUACAGGAUUUACACAUUGUUGGAAUGUUACAAAGAAGCACAGCAUGUGAUUUGGGUUCGACUGGCUCAGCGUUUGUAACAGUAGCUAUUUAAAUGAAAAUUAAAUGUACAUCGUUCGUUUAUGCCGAAUUUACUCUGGCACCGGAGCUCCAAGGCUUUUUCUGUGUAUACAUACAGUACACAAAGUUUGUAUUCCCUUCCUCUAAUGACCCUAGAUAAACAUUUUUUUUUUAUUAUUUAAAUGCGCCAUUUUUAGGAAAUAGUAAAGUUAGCUUGAAGAAAAUGAAGUUGAAACUUGAAACUACACGAUCAUCUAUCAUCAUCAUCAUAAUCACUUCCAGCUUUCUGCUGUAAGUUCUGCUUUCAAACUUUCAGGCAAUAUCAUUCUGGUUGUCCAAAAUGGCCGCCCAGGGAGAUAAUUUGUACGUUUAUAGAACAGACUUUAAAAGAUAUAGAGAUAUUUCUGGGAAAGAUUUUCCACGAGAAAGACUAGCCUUGUAGCUCCAGUCCAAAACUAACCCAUGUUGGACACCGGACGCGUCUUGUCCUCAGAGCUACUCUCCUCAUCCUCACAUCUUCUCAGACACUCAGGGUGAGCGGUGGUGAUGAUGAUGUGUUUAUGAUAUUCAUUUGAUAAGCACAGAGAUAUGAAUGUUGUCCUGUUUAAAUCCUAAUCAGUGCUGUUUUUUCUUGCCUCCCCUUUUUUUCCUUUUUUUUAAAAUAAAGCAAUGAAAAAAUA